AUGCAGGAAGAUCGGCAUCGGUUUCCAUCAACUUCACCUCUGGAUCAAAGCUCAGAGAAAGCUCCAACAGAGGCUCUACAGACUCCGAGGAGUCAUGAUAUGCUAGUAGAAGCACCAAAGGGCCCUCCUCCUAUGGGUUCCGCUCCCCCCAACGGUGGUCUGGUCGCCUGGCUGCACGUUGCGGGUGGCUUCAUGCUCUUUUUCAACACCUGGGGGGUUUUGAACGCGUUCGGCGUUUUCCAGACUUAUUAUGAAUCAGGUGCCCUCUUCACUCGCUCAUCUUCCGACAUUUCUUGGAUCGGCGCCAUUCAAGCCACAAUGCUGCUGAUGGUCGGUUUCAUCACUGGACCAAUUUACGACCGCGGCUACCUGCGCUCACUCCUGAUAAUCGGAAGCUUUUGCAUUGUAUUCGGCAUGAUGAUGCUGAGUAUCUGCAAGACGUACGGGGAGGUACUACUCGCUCAAGGAUUUUGUGUCGGCAUCGGCGCGGGCUGCCUCUUUGUGCCCUGCGUGUCUGUUCUGCCUACAUAUUUCAGCUCACGACUGGGUGCGGCGCUCGGACUGGCUGUCUCUGGCUCUGCCCUCGGUGGUAUCAUUUACCCAAUUGUGCUGAACCAAUUGAUUGAGCCACUUGGGUUUGGAUGGGCCGUUCGAAUCAUUGGGUUCAUAGCGUUGGGCACCCUUUUGAUUCCAAUCGCAGUUAUGCGUCAGCGCGUCAAGCCCCCUCGCGCCCGAAGCCUCAUCGACUGGUCAGCCUUUACGGAUGUGCCGUACAUUACAUUUGUCCUGGCAUCUCUGAUCGCGUUUAUGGGCCUCUUUGUGCUAUUCUUCUACAUCUCAUACUUUGGGGCAGCUACUCGCAUCACCGACACAAACAUGAGCUUCUACAUUGUGCCAAUCCUUAACGUUGGCUCGUGCUUCGGUCGUACUCUACCCAAUGCAUUGGCUGACAGGACUGGUCCUUUCAAUCUUAUUGCACCCUGCUGCAUUAUUGUUGGAGUACUUAUUUUGUGCCUUCUGGCUGUGACGACACAAGGCGGGCUGAUCGUGAUCGCCAUCUUAUCAGGUUUCUUCAGCGGUGCACUGAUUGGUCUUCCUCCACUUUGCUUUGUCGCGCUUACCAAAGAUAAAUCGAAGAUUGGCACUCGGAUCGGUAUGGGAUUCGGCAUAAUUGGGUUGGGUGUUCUAGCUGGUGGACCGGCUGGUGGGGCCAUUCUGGCAGAGUCUGCCCAUAUGAACUGGAAUGGACUAUGGGCGUUUGGGGGAGCCACUGCCUGCGUCGCGGGAUUCAUGUAUGCAGGACUUCGUAUCGCCAUGUAUGGAUCUGGACUGAAAGUGAAGGCUUGA